UCAGAUCUGUGUGUGUGUGUGUGUGUGUGUGUCAGAUGAACGGAGGUUGACUCUGCAUCUCAGAAGGAAGAAGAAGGUGACGUGGGAAGAAGGCGUAGUGGAUAAUGAGACUCUCGAGAAAAAGAGUUCAAAGAAAUGCUGCAUCUUCCACAAGCAGCGAGCCUUUGAUGAGAGCAGUAGCGAGGACGAAUCUGACAGUGACGGCGAGAAGUGCGAAUCGAAUGGAAAGCAUCAUCAUCGUCAUCAUCACCAUCGCCAUGGGGGAUGUGACAGUAGCAGCGAAGGAACGGGAAAGUGUGGUGAUGGUGAUGGCUGUGGGAGUAGUUCUGGAUCGAGUGGUGAUAACCUAUCCGGAUGAUUGAGGAAUCGACGAGGAUGGUUUGAGGGGACCGCCACGACCAGUUGGCCAGCCAGGCAUUUCGUUGGCGCGUGCCUGAACGAGCCACACAGAUUUAGUUUGCCAGGCAUUUCGUUGGCGCGUGCCUGAACGAGCCACACAGAUUUAGUUUUUUUCCGCGUUGAGGAAUCGGUUUCUUUUUCUUUCUCUUUUCCUUUCUCUUUUUCUUUCUCUUUUUCUUUUCUUCUUUUGAAUGUCUAGGAGCCGUUAUUUGACACUUGCGCGUUUAGUUC